AGAAAAAGUAAGAAAAAAAGCGAGAGGAGAGGAAGAAAAAGUAAGAGAGAUAAAACGAGAGGAGAGGAAGGAAAAGUAAGAGAGAAUUCGAGAGGAAAGGAAGAAUAAGUAAGACAGAAAACCAGAAGAGAGGAAGAAAAUAUAAGAGAGAAAACUAGAGGAGAGGAAGGAAGAGUAAGAGAGAAUUCGAGAGAAGAGGAAGAAUAAGUAAGACAGAAAACCAGAAGAGAGGAAGAAAAAGUAAAGCGAGAGUACAAGAGGAGAGGAGGGAGGAGUAAGAGGGAAUUCGAGAGGAGAGGAAGGAAAAAUCGCUAAAGUGAAGGGUCGAGGAAGAACCACCAAGGUGCCUACCAUGAUGCAGCAAACCCAGCACGGCGGGACCAUGACUGGGAUGGGCUCGCAACAAAACCAACAAAACCAGCAAACGCAACAAGACCAACAGGCGCAGCAGCAGGCACAGCAGCAACAGUCCCAGACACAAACAACGCAGCAGCAGACGCAGCAGUCACAGGCCCAACAAACGCAGCAGAAUCAGCAGCAACAGACAGCCCAGCAGCAACAACAGCAACAGCAACAACAGCAGCAGCAGCAACAGGAGGUUAAGCUGGACAGUAUAAGUCGAGUCAAGGGUCACUAUGGGCAGAUGAAGGACGCUUUGAUGGAAGCCCUCAGCUGUGUGGCAACAAAUGUGGGAAAUAACAACCAAGUGGAUCAAGGAAAUAGGAACGCUGGUGAGAUCCAACACGCAAAGUUUGAGGAGAGCAUCGAGAAGUUCUACACUCUAUGCGACCAGAUGGAGCUGAACCUUCGCACAGCCAUCGACAGCCAACUCCAGGCCAAGGCAUCGCAGCUUAACACCCCAAACCCCAUCAACAUUCCGCCCGUCGAGGUGCAAAAGUACAGCCACUACCUAGCCACAGUGAGGAACCAGGUGGUGUUCGCUAAGGACAUUCACACGGCCCUGGUGGAUGCUGCACGAAUGGCCACCAACACCAGCACCGUGGCCUCCUCCUCCUCCGCUAUCACCGCUGCAGCUUCUACGACAACUAUGGACGCUGCCAAUUGAUCCUUGCUUGGCUUCCAUAGCUUGUUGUAAUUGAUUGCGGUCGGGGAAGAAUAGCUUGGGUGGGGUAGAAAGUUUUUUGGGGAAUGGGAGGGUAGCGGAGAGUUGGUGUUUCAUGUGUGUGUGUGUGUGUGUGUGUGUGUGUGUGUGUGUGUGUGUGUGUGUGUGUGGACAGCCAAGUCAAUUAGAAAUAAAGGAAAAUCAUUCAGGUAAAAUAAAAAGAUGAGUGAAUAAAAGUCACAUGCUUAAAGAACAUGAAUUCUCCUGUUGACUAGCCAAUAGAAACAGCCAUGUACAGUGUUAAUAGAAGGAAGAACAUUUAAGAAUCAACUGCAUCACAAAGAUUUGCAAAAACAUUCAUAUAUCAUUCUGAAGUCACCGUCAUGAAGUUAAUCCAUUUCUCAGGGUCAGAGUGAGGAGUCAAAACGACCUUGUCAAAACCCACUAACAGAUGUAGCUCAAGAAAGGCAGAAAAUGUUUGUGUUAGAGAAAGGCAGACAAGCCAUUGUAAUGAGUACCACUGCUGUCCAGGCUACAGCCAGCACUACUAAUGUGUAUUCCAGCAAGAGAUAAAAAGAGUAGUAUUCACAAUGUACCAACAGUUUUGUCGAUACUGUUCCUGUAGGGGAUGUGUUUUAACAUGCUCGAUAUAUCUUCACCCACAAAAGAUGAAAAUGUAGCCAACUUUACUACUAGUGCAAAAGCUAAAGAAAGCAAAAAAGUUAUAUCGUCAUUAAUUUAUGAAGGUUGAGCGUGAAGCUGUAAUAUUUGUUUCCAGCAAAUUAGAACUUUUUGUUCAGAAAGAUUUACUUAUAUCAUAUUUUUGUACUAACAAAUAUAAAUUAAUUCCUAAAAAAUACAGUAGGAACAUAUAGAUACUAGUACUGACCAUAAGAAUAUAGGUUGAUAUAAAAAUCCCAUUCAUAAAUAAGAUAAUAUUGCCAUAGAAUUUGCUAAUAUUAGUUUACCCAUGACUACAAUACAGUUAUCUUAAAAGUAAGUUUGCAUUUGUAUACACUAAAAAUUAUAAUGACCUAUAAAGUAGAUUUGGUCCCAAGGAAAAAAAAAUAGAUUAGCUAUAGUUCUCUUGACAUAUUAUUGUUAAUCUUCAAAGUAUUAAAGUAGUAGAAAUGACUAAGAGCCUAAGUAGAGUAUGUUUCAAAUUACAAUAAGGAUAAAACCGUAGCUUGCUUGCUUAGGUAAUGUUAAUGGGAACCUGCUCAAUUAAGGUAUACUUCUACAGGUAAAUUAAUUUUUAGAAAAAGGCAGAAGUCACGGGUAUGUUUUGGAUUAGUAUUUUUUUCUAUAAAGAUUAAUGAGGUGAGAAUGAGAUAAGUGUGUGUGUGUGAGAGAGAGAGAGAGAGAGAGAGAGAGAGAGAGAGAGAGAGAGAGAGAA